AUGUUUUUGGAUGUUCACAAAAAGCCAAUGGUUGCUCACACGCCAACUGGAUAUGAUACCGGAGUUGUUUAUCAUGUUGAAAAUGCUAACGGAAGCAUGGAUUCAUGCUGUGAUUCCGUGUCGAAUGAUUCAAAAGUUACCUGUAAGGGAAUUUUGAGUGGUAGCAAUCCAAGUCUUGAUAAAAGAGAGAAUCGCAAUAGAUGCACUGGGAAGAAUUCACAUGGUAAGUUUAGCAAGUAUUAUACGGAACUCCCUGAACGGUACCAGAUCAUCCAAAAAAUUGGAGAGGGCGCGUUUUCGAAAGUCUUUAAAGUGCUAGAUACGGCUUGUGAUGCCUAUAUUGCAAUCAAGAUUAUGGAUAAAAAGGGCAUGGGAGCUUCGCAAAUAAAUUCCGCAAUGAAGGAGAUUGCAAUUAUGCGAAGACUUCGUCACAAGAAUAUUGUUCGAUUGUAUGGUUAUCAGAACACCCAGAAGUCACGGUAUUGUUUUCUUUAUAUGGAGUAUGUUGCUGGUGGUGAGAUUUUCAAUCAGAUUAUUAAGUAUACAUAUUUUAGUGAGGAUUUGGCGAGACACAUCAUAAGGCAGGUUGCAAAUGCAGUCAAGUAUCUGCACGAUAAUGGGGUGGUUCACAGAGAUAUCAAGCCAGAAAAUCUCUUAUUUAUGCCAGUAAAGUUGCUAAAAAGACCAAAAGAGCAACAAAUCAAGGCUCGUCGUAAGUCAGAUGAUAAUAAAAAAAUUGAUGAGGGCCGUUUUGUUCGAGGUUAUGGGUCGGCCGGAAUUGGUGUUGUAAAAGUGGCUGAUUUCGGGUUAUCGACUGUUUUGGUUGAUGACCAAACUAGAGCUCAAACUCCUUGUGGGACAGUUGGUUACACCAGUCCAGAGCAACAUUUAAGGCUCGGUUACACAAAGAAAGUUGAUCUCUGGGCUAUUGGAUGUGUUUUGUACACGCUCGUUGUUGGGUUUCCUCCAUUUUACUCUAACUCUGGAAAUUCAAAAGAUAUUAGUCGUAAAGUUUCUCGCGGUGAUUACAAAUUUUUGAGUCCCUGGUUUGAUGAAGUUAGUCAGGAAUGCAAAAACUUGAUUUCGAAUCUUCUUACGGUUGAUCCUGAAAAGCGUUAUUCUAUUGAGGAUCUUCUUAGGGAUCCAUGGUUAAAUAAAGGUUACGAAGAUGUUCUUAUGAAAAAGAAGUCAAUUGCGGCUGCAGAUGCUCCUGAUACUACUACAUUUGACAAGGAUUUGUACUCGAAAUUCACAAAUAACUUGGUGACCGAGAAUAAUGUCGAAGAUUAUUUUGGUGUCGCCGACCAGCAGCUUAUUUCUACACCAAGGGCUGAAGCUAUCCGAAUCGUGUUUGAUACUGGUACAACGAUUCAACGCUCGAAGCAAAGUGUAAAGGCUUCCAAAUGGCCAGAAGCCCGGGUGCAUACUCCAUUUAUACCACAUAAAGCCGAUAAUCCUACUGUGGAUACCCUCAGUGUUAUGCAGAUACACCUCGACAAGAAUUCUAGUUCAUCUUCUAUGGGUUCUUUUUCAUCUCUAGAUUCAAGUGACGCUGCCAAUGAUCAUAUGAGUAAUGUUAGGGAUGAUAAUCAUAAUGAUGCUUGUGAAAAGGAAGAAGAUGAUGUUGAUGAUGUUGAUGAUGUUGAUGAUGUUGAUGAUGUUGAUGAUGUUGAUGAUGUUGAUGAUGUUGAUGAUGUUGAUGAUGUUGAUGAAAGAAGUAUUGAAACCAAUGACAGCACUGCUUCUCUUACAUCACCAAACCGUACAGCAGCUCCGCCAGAAAUUAUGGUCAGGCAAUCUUCAUCAACCCGGGCUUCUUUCAAAUCGGAAUCCUCGUUUUCUUCCUCUUCUUCAUCUUCAUGUUGUUCUUGCUCUCCUGUUAGCUUUCCAGAGUCAGCACCGGAAGUACAGAUUGUUGGAGCAGAGAUUCGAGACGACGAAAAAGGAACGCGCAGACGAUCAUCAGUUUCCUUCAAGCUUCAACGAAGUAAGGCCCCAGUCACUGCAAAUUUGCGGAAUACCCUUUUAUGUGUUAAAUCUGCUAAGGAGUAUGAAAAAAGUCCAUAUCCGAAACAGAUAGAAGGGUCAAUUCAGGUGCCUCGUGUCACUAAAUUUACACGUAAGCCGACCCCGUAUGUUACGAAGGCCUCAGAGCCGGCUUUUGAUCUUAAGCUAGAGAAGUCCACCAUUUUAACAAGAAGAAGGCUUUCUAUGGGAUCAAUACCAUUGCAUGAAAAGUAG